AUGGAGACUGACGCAGAUGCACUGUCGUUCUGGAAACCCAAGCCUCACGACACGGCCAAGCUACCCGCAGCCUACCGGCGCUUGGUCCUCUAUCGGGCUAAAAACCUGCUGGACAAGCUGCUCGAUAUACGUGAUGUUGCCAUGGAGUAUGCGUCGGAAGAUGCUCUUGCCGAUUAUGCCAAGGAGUGCCCACUUCCUUCCCCUGAUGGGCAGGAGGAAGAAGACCUGGCCGACUCUUUGGAGGAGAGUGAACCGGACGAAGACUCGGACGAAGACAUUGGAACUUACGAGGCUCAAAUUGCGCAGCACGAGUACGGAUACAUGGGGGUAUCCGAGCACAUUGAUGCGAACCAACAGGGCGGUAAUGCGUCCACUGGUACAACUGACACCGACAUGGAGGAUGCUGAGCCUAUCUGGGAUGGCGCUAUCCACGGCUUCGACUGGCCCAAUGUCGAGGAGCCACCUGCCGAGGAGCCAUUUGAGCAUUGCUCUGAGUUCAGCGACGGAGAGGACGAAAUGACUGGUGAUGCGGAAUUUGAUACCUUUGAAACCUCUAUCGACACUACCGCCCCUGAAUCCAGCACCUGGCUGACCAAUACUCCAUAUACGUUCCACGGUACUUUUUACAACACCUUUGUCACCUUCCCAAGUUCUUAUGACGGGGAUGGACAAGCGGUCCUAUCAACAGCAAUCGAAUACUCCGAUGUCUCUCAAGGUCCUGCUUCGGCAUGGCUGACUAACGAUCCCAAUGCUCUUAACGGAGUCGCUGAAGCGGAAAGCUCUUCUGAAUCUUCAUCUGAUGAUGAGACUUCAUCUCUGCAUACCGAUCAACACCUUCCCACAUCCCAAGGCAAUUCUGAAAACGAAGAAGACGAGGAGUCCUGGAUUGAUAACGACAGUUCAGACGAGAUCAGCUCCCAAGACAUUCAUGACGAGCUCAAAAGGCUGCGACUCGCACCCACUACCCUCUUACACCCGCACGGUUGGUAUUGGCCAACACAUUUCCUUGACGAGAUCGUUACCCAUGUCAAAGAGCACGAGAAAUACCUUCAAAAGAAGAAGGCCCUCGUCAAAAGCAUUACACAAAGCAAAAACCGUUCACCAGGCGAAACCGACAACAUUUUGUGCCAGUUCGUCCACAAGAACCUCGUGCACAGACCUGUCGUGAACACUGCCCAGUUGUUUAAAUUGAAGCGCUUUGUCGAUAAUGUCGUGCGAUUCGUUCUCGCAACUCAACGAAACAUUGAUGCUAUCGAUGCGGGCAUGGAUGAAGGCCGCAAACGCCACUUCUCAUCAUUGAAGUCGACAUCGCGCUUCCGAAGCAAGCGCCUUGGGAGCUCUCUUCGGUUCGUAACCAGUAUCAACGAUGAUUGGGAUCAAGGCCACGAUAACUGGGGUAUGCCACCCGUCAAGAAGAAGCGCGAGCAGAUUUAG